AUCUAACCGCUACACACGCGUGUGGAGCACUGGAUAAAAAGGCUACGCUUACAACACAGUGUGUCACAGGUUUCAUAUUGUACACAGACCAUACCGGUGUGCCCAACUGAAGCAUCAUGUCACCAACAAGAGUGGAAGUACCAUCUGAGAACCCUCUGGGACCAUGUCCAGCGCUAGUCUUUGGAGACAUCAGUAGCACCAAGUCAGCUAUUAUAGUUAUUCAGGAAUGGUGGGGGGUAAACCAACACAUCCAAGGUGUGGCACAAAUGAUCGCAGAGAAGACCAAGUUUGUGACGCUGAUACCAGAUCUUUACAGGGGAAAGGUCGCCCUGGACCGCGAGGCAGCCGGCCACUACAGUAAGGACCUGAACUGGGAGGGUGCAGUACAAGAUAUUGAUGCAUGCGCCAGAUAUCUAAAAUCAAAAGGAAUUAACAAAGUAGGCGCCACUGGUUUCUGUCAAGGGGGAGCACUCUCCAUAGCAGUCGUUACACUGUACCAGAGUGUUGAUGCAGCUGCACCGUUCUAUGGCAUACCUCGACCAGCCAACCUGACCUGUGACUACAGCAACAUCAAAGUUCCGCUGCAGUGCCAUUUUGGGGAGAAGGACCAGGCGGCAGGCUUUUCAUCUAAGCCAGACUACGAGGCAUUCCAAGCCAAGCUGGAGGGAUACGGUGUGCCUUUUGAAUUUUAUACCUACGACGCUGGUCACGCCUUUGCAAACAAGACCAGCGAAAACUUUAACGAGGCAGCUUAUGAGCUUAGUUUUUCUCGGAUGUAUGAGUUUUUUAACAAAUAUUUGAUUUAAAAAUGAGAUAAAGCCUUUCCCAACUAUACCUAUCACCCGCACAUUUCUUUUGUUUUGAAAAUUAUUUUAUUACAAUACUCAGAAUAAUGCAAAAAAAUAAUCUUUAAGACAAAAAACAGAUUUUUGUUUUAUAUCCCUACAAAUCAGUGUAUAAUGGUUGUGAAGACGUUUUUAUAUGAAUUUAAAAUGUUAAUUCUUUAUUAUUUGUUGCUUGUUUUUUGUAAAUAAAUGUUCAAGGAUUACAAUUAUACAAAGCAUGAGCUUUGUCUUUAUUUCUAUGAAUUUCAGCAUUUGCAAAAAAAAAACUGGUUUUGUUUGGUUUUUAUGUCAUUUAAAUUGGUUUACAUUUUAAAAUACUAAUAGAAAAAUGGUACAAAAAAAAAAGCUGAAAAUUCAAUAAAUCAGUACUAGAGGCUCAAGCUUCCU